AUCCAUUCCAGUUGAAGUUAUAUUUAGCAAUGAGAUUGUUUGUCUGCGCUUUGUUUGCCAUCCUUGUGGCCCUGGCAGCCGCUGGCACCGUUGUCAUCAACGGUGUCUGCCGAGAUUGCACUCCACCAGACGCUGAGACGGUUAUCGUCGGCAAUAAGGUGACCAAGGGUCGUCCUGGACAUGGCACCGUCUACAUCAAGGGUGAGGACUCAAAACCAGCUGCUCCACUUCCAAUUCCUGCAGCUUCUGCUGAUAGCAGACGUCCACCACGACGCACUGUCAUCAUUAAUGGAGGAGAGGGUGGAGCUGCUUCUGAUCCAUAUGUUGUGCCCGAAGGCUACAGUGGACGUGUGCCUGGAGGCACCUAUGUGCAUAACGCCGAUUGCAGGGGCUGCGACAUUCGCGGCUAAAUUAGCUGAUCUCCUCUAUUGGACUGAUUUUAAAAUAAAUAUAUAAAUUGGGGUGCUAAGAACCUGUCCCUCAA